UCUCCGCGUCUCCAGGGCUCUGCCAAGGGCUCUGAAAUUCGGAGGGAGGAACAUGCCCACCUGGAGCAUUCAUUUCCAGGGACGAACUUUCCCACCCGGGCUAGGACCCUCCCCGCGCCCAGUAGUUCCCAGGCUGGUGCGCACGCACCGCACAGGUUUCUCGCCUUCUCCCGAAGCCCUGGGGAUGCCCUGGCGGUUCCUCCUAGGACGGCGCCCCGCCUCGCCUCUGUCCCCAGGGACCGACCCUGAGGACCUGCCCUGUGCCUCUCGUGGGCCUGGGCUCUGCCCGGCGGCGCGAGGCGCAGUGCGGGCGGCUGCAGUGGCGGCGCCCCUCCCGGACUUCGGAAAGGAGUGCGGAGGUUUGGGGGACCCAUGCAACCCUCUUCAACCUCUGAUGGAGCAGGGACGUGUUCUCAGUCUCAAUCCCAUAGACUCAGGUCCUCCCACCCUCACGCCGCCGUGGAAGAGCUGGGCUUGGGAACACCCGCUGUGGGGCACCUCCCGCUAUCUGGAUGCUUCUGUCUGGAAAGCAAAGUUCAGGUUGGACUCUGGCCACGAAGGCUCUGCGGGCCCUCCCCCACGCUCACCACAACAGCGCAGGGCUGCCUAACCCCGGGGGAAAGGACUUAAACAGGAUACUGAAUAGGGGACUCCGAUGAGUAGAAUGGCCAUGCAGGGUUAAAUCUCUACAUUUUGGAAAGGGCAUGCCAGGCGAAGUAGGAGCACUGGCAGAGACCUUACUUUCCAGUGUCUCCUGGGCAAGUCGCCAUUGCCUCUCCAGCCUGCCAGUGAUAACAUCUGUGAACUUGAAGGUCUGCCCCUGUGCCUUUCCUGCCAUUGGUUUGGAGCAUCUUCAAGAAAGCAAUAGGUGUUUGGUUUCAGAGACCAAAGGCCCUGGCAGCGUGCAGGAAGCAGCGUGGAGACUGCAGAGUCCUCCUGGAGAACACGGUGACCAUGACAAUUCAAGACAGCAUGCUCCUUUUGGAUGGUUUCCGGACGCACAAUCUGUAGCUACAUCUGCGAUCGAAGGCCACAUAGAAGCUUCAGGCAGCGAAAGCCAUGAAUCUCUUAUGGGAGAAUGGGGAUUCCAAAAAGGACAAGAGAUGCCUGCUAACGCAGCUCCAUGUUUGGCAGAGACACUGCCUUCUAGCAUCCUGCUCGUGGACAGAGGUGAAGACGACGUGAGCCUUGCCCAGCUGGACAGACAGGACUCGGAGGACUGGGAGAUGGUGUCCAGGCACUCGUCUUGGGGGGAUAUUGGCUUGGGUGGCAGUCUUGAGGCUCCGACAUUAAGCCCGAACCAGGGAGCGGACUAUGGCAGAAACAGCCUUGUGGAAGCAAGUGGUCAGGAAGCGGAUGUUAAGACAAAAAGGAAAGUGAUGACUUCAGAGUCUCAGCAAGUCAGUGUCAGGUUCCAGGUCCAUUAUGUCACCAGCACCAGGGCGCAGUUCGUUGCCAUCACUGGAGACCAUGAGAGGCUUGGGAGGUGGACCACUUACCUCCCCCUCCAGUACAGCCCGGGGGGGCUCUGGUCUCGUUCUGUCUCCCUGCCAGCAGAUACAGUGGUCGAGUGGAAGUUUGUGGUGGUGGAGAAGGGGCAGGUUACUCGCUGGGAAGAAUGCGGCAAUAGGCUGCUGCAAGUUGGCCGCGAGGAUACGUUGGUUCACAAGUGCUGGGGGAUUCACUGAUGCGGUUUGCAGGGGGUUGGAGAAACCGUUGCAGAAUGUGGAAGGGGCUCAGGUUGUGGAGCACACUCAAUAAUCGGAAAUAAAGGAGGUAUAACUCCAAGUUUAGCCGAGUUGUUUCAGAUUUGCUAGUGGCUUUUGUUUAAUGGGCAGAAAUAUGUACGUGGAUUAUGCUUCCAGUGAAUGUGGGCUUUUUCUGUGGCCGUGGUGGAUGGAUUAUGCUGACCCAUCAAUACUAUAGGGCUUGGUCCUCUAGGGGAGUGACGUGGCUAAGCUUGGUCAGGGAGCACAAAGGCUAACCAGCUGCACAGGGUUCAAGCUCGAGCCUUUGGGUGAUCCUUAAAGCAGGGGAGCAAAACAAGUUGAUGUCCUUGUGGUGCAGCUGGAGAAACGUGCUUUUUACUACAUGUACUAUACACUUUAUGUUUAAAAAUAGUUGCCACCAUAUGGAACUGUGAGCAGAAAACAUCUGGUCAACUAGAUGUGAUUAGGAAGGUUAUGAGAUUUCCCAUUGUUUUUGGCUUGAUUUUACCUGCCUGGUAUGGUUUGAAGGUAGGAAGUAUGUCUUUGUCAUGGGAUCAAAGGCUAGUGUAGAAAUAAGGGCC